AUGUAUUUCAGAAAAGAUAUCGAAGGAAAAGUACUGGGAGGAGAUGGUAAGAAUAUCUAUGAAGGCAAUGAGAAAACAUAUUAUGGAAGAAACAAUGAGGGUAAACAAUACACGUAUCUUACAUCAGAUUGUAGAGAACGUGCUCAAAGAGAUUAUAGACAUACCUAUGAAGAGGCAGAUACCAAACGGGUUAUAAAAAAGGGCUUAGCACCUGAGUCUUAUCUUUAUGAAAUUUCAGAAUCAGGAGAGCAGUUUGAAUAUGUUGUAAUUGAGAAUGAUUCAUCACAGAAAGUAGGUGAUAAAAUGGAAUACCCAGAAGUUGCAAGACGUCUUAAUAAAAAGAUUAAUAUUAACUAUUAUCUGAAAAGUAUUAUCAGGCUCUGUGCAUGUUUUAUAAAUUAUGAUGAUAGAUACCAGCCAUCAUCUAAAACUUUGCUGGAAGUCUUAAAAAAGUUAAAAGAUAAUUAA